CUGAAUUUUUCAUACCAUCCUGAUCACUCACCCCCACCCCACCCUCUCCUCUCCACUCUCGAGUUUUCAAACAAACAAACAAAGCCAUCAGGCUUCAACAGGUGACUGACAAUAUCGCAUUUAUUCCAAUAUCCUCACUUUGUUUUUAGGCAGUUGAGUGAUUUUGACCGAAGCUAUGGCACCGACUGAGGUUGAUCCUUCUUCAACGGUCAAUAAUAUUGAGAAUCGGGAUUUAUGGCAGCCUUUGGUUGCAGCCGAGUGUUCAGUUUCUUGGGACGUCCUUAAGAGGGUUAGCCCGCGAGAAACUUAUGGAGACUUUUUCGGCCCUUUCCCAGUGCAUAAUGUUGAGGAUGAAACGCUUUCAAGCAAUCCAUUGUUCCUUGUCCAUUUUUACGUAAGUGAUCGCAAGGACAGCAAAAUAUCAAUUUUUGUUGAGGAAACUUUGGAGGAAAGCGAAUCUAGAGAAGUGGUGGUAGUAUCUACUGUCCUUUUGACCAAGCGAGAGAAGAGUAAUGCAAAAGAAUCCUUUUAUCAGAAUCCACUGACAUGGCCGUUGCCUGAGGUGACGAGGUCAGAAUGUUUUCUUUAUGGGAAAAGCCGCAGACAAGAUUCUUGGUCAAGAAAUUCAGAAGAGGUGAUGAGCAUGCCUCUUGGCACAACACGGUGCUUCAUUUUGAGACUGCAGGUUUAUUUACAAAAAGCAGGUGAAGUGGACUCUCUCAGACAAUGUUUGAAUUCAGCUCGGAGCCUUGGAUCCUCCCUUUGUGAUGUUUCCCUUAAAGUUGAUGGCCAAAUCCUCUCUGCUCACAAGGCUGUUCUCAGUGCAACCAGCAGUGUUUUCACAGCUAUGUUUUGUGGGAAGUUUAAAGAAAAAACUGCAAAAAGUGUUACCAUUGAAGGUGUGUCCAGUAAGGCUUUUGACAAAUUUCUUAAUUUCCUCUACACUGAAAGUAUUAGCAUCGAGUCGGAUUGUGUGCUGGAGCUUCUAGAUCUCUCUGAGCGUUACCAGGUGGAGCAACUGAAAGCGCGUUGCGAGAUGUACAUGUGGGGCAUGGACAGCCUCGAUGCCCUCAGCAUCCUCAUGGAGGCGGACAAGUGGCCCGUCGUGACCGAGGCCAUGAAGAACCGACUGUACCAACUCGUGGCCGCCGGCUGGCGGUCCCUGGAGAACUCGGACGAGUGGCAGGCCCUGCAGGCGAGCAACCCGGUGGCUUCUGGCAUCAUCCACGCGUUCGCUGCGUUCACCGUCAUCGUUCCGCCCUCUUUCAAAGUUUUCGCCGCGCCGCCACUUCGUUCCUCGAAAGAGGCUGCCAAAAAGCGACCCAUCACUCCCACCUCUCCUUGAACACCUUAUCUCUUUCCCAACUAACAUGGAACUAUUUCUUCUUUGUACUUUAAAAAAUUUCUAAUUGAUCUUGAAAUUACAAAACCUAAUGACUGUGCCAUAGUGUUUUUGUUUCAAUUACAAAGACAAGGAUAUGUGGAUAACACUUUUAGAAAUAAAAAGAGACUUAUGUUUGGAA